UCCACCCUGAAAAAGGAAAACGGCGCCUUCGCGGGAUUUUGACGAUUUUGUUUUGCGCUCCGAUUUGUUUGUUUGAUCCUCAGUGUAAUUGGUAUUAAAUAUUUCGUGAAAUAAAUUUCUCGAAUGUUAUAAGCAUCUGGUAGUUCGAAAUGAAUACCAAUUUGCUAUUUCUACACGAUUGUGAUAAAAACAUUGACAUUCCGCUACCGGCCACGGAAACCAUAAUCGGGAGAGAUUCUUUCCUGCAGUGCAAUGACAAAAGAAUAUCGCGACAGCACGGCAUUCUACGGCCAGGCUCCGAUCCGGCUGGAAGUGAUCCUACGGUGCAAAUAACGGCAACUCACUCGAAUCCCAUCUUCAUACGGACCGGGGACCAGGUGCUGAACAUCCUUACCAAAGACCUCACAGCGACGCUAAGACCUGGGGAAAAAUUUGCGCUUCUACCAGAUCAGUAUUGGUUUGAAGUGCGCUCAGUAGGUACCGGAGCUGAGCCCUCUGUCGCUGCCGAUUCGUCGGAGGUCCCACAAUCAGCUGCAGCAGCCGAGGAACAUCAGCAACAGGACCCAGCACCUCAGGACGAAGCCUCUGAACGUGUACCACCGCAGGUCAGCUCAACGGAAACAACCGGUGGUUUUCUGCGUAUUCGAACAAUGGAAGAAGUUAACAACGCUGUGUGCAGUUCUGCUUUCAUCAGUAGUAGCGACAACAGCAGUACUGUAGGAGAAAAACGCAAACUUCAGUCAGAACCGGAAAUCUCCAAAAAGCACAAAUCCUCCGACGAAAAUUCGGCGCCAAUUGUCGUCGCAGAGGAACCAAAAACGCCCGGUGAAGCGAGCCAAGCUACGGAUGCAACAGUUGCUGGCUCGAGCACCCCAGCCAUAAAGACGGAUCCUGAUGAAAAUGUGGCAAGUUGUUCACAUUCGGGCAAAACCUCCGGUACAGAUGCAGUAAAGGUAAAACAAGAACCGGCUGACAGUAGCGUAUCUCCCCCGAGGCCGUCCUGCCAAUUUGGUAUCGGGUGCUACCAGCGGAACGUUCAACAUCUGGCCCAGUUUGCUCACCCCAGUGAUACCGACUAUCGCCGGCCAGAUUUACCACCAGCACCCAGUACUGCGCCACAUUGUCCGUUCGGGGCCAGCUGCUACCGACGGAAUCCGCAACACUUUCGAGAAUACCAACACCCGGAUGCUAGUGAGUAUAAAGUGCCUCCCCCGGCAACAACAGUUCAUAUCCAAAGACCAACGCAGCCACGGGGAGCUGGCCGUCCUCUGCAUCGAAUCCUGAUCGAUGUUGGCCCCUUUGUGGAUUCCAGCGAUGAUGAUGAUGAUGAUGAUAUAGACUUUUUUCUUAACUAUUCGGAUUCCGACGAGUUUGAACCUGCCCGGGACGGACCGGAGGACGAAGACGAAGAAGAUGAGGGUUUCGAUGUCAACGACCAUCAAGAUGAAGAAUAACCGGCUACCUGAACCUUAGGCCAUAGGGUGUAACUUAUUUGUAACUGUAAUUAAUGUAAUGGUUAUCGAGUUAGGAUUUGUGAUAAACUGAAAGAAAUGCACUGUUUUCCUUU